AUGAUGAACACCGCUUACUUCGACCACAGCGGCACGGCGAAUGGUUUCUACAAUCCGGCAGAGGCACAUCAGGCGGCCUACCGUUCAUUCUCGCAGUCGGCACUGUCGCUGAUGCCAUCGCCGGCCAGCGUGGCCAGUGCAGCCUACGCCAACUCCACUUCGAACCCACUUCGCACUGGUCAGUCCUCAGUCAACCUCGGCGCCGGUGGCGCUGAUGGAGGCGGCGUCGGCGGCGGCGGAGGAGGAGGCGGUGGUGGUGGUGGCAGUGGCGGAUCCUCCAACUACGUGGACGCUGCCUGCAAACUGUACGGCGGUCAGGACGGCAGUCAGGUGGCGGCGGCGAACCAGGCGGCAGCGGCCGCAGCCGCAGCUGCCGCCUUCAAGUCCGAGUGCAGUCAGCUGACUUCAAACGGCAAAGCCGACCAGAAUGGCUUCAAGGCACCCGAUCACCAGAUGAACGCCAGCGCCUGGCAGUCCUCUCUUCGACCUUCACCCUCCUCGACCAGCAUGAGUGCGCCUGACAUGCGAAGUUUCGACGCAGCCGCCGCAGCCGCCUGCUCUCGCUCCGUCUCUGACGCCUGGUCAGCCUGCUGCAACAACCCCAACAUGAAUCCAUCGAUGGGUGGCUCUAACUUCUACCCUUGGAUGGCCAUUGCAGGUUUGUUUACGUNCGCAGCCGCCUGCUCUCGCUCCGUCUCUGACGCCUGGUCAGCCUGCUGCAACAACCCCAACAUGAAUCCAUCGAUGGGUGGCUCUAACUUCUACCCCUGGAUGGCCAUUGCAGGUUUGGCUGGGGCAACAGGCCUGCGACGGCGUGGUCGGCAGACGUACACCCGCUACCAGACGCUAGAGCUGGAGAAGGAGUUUCACACGAACCACUACCUGACCAGACGGAGACGCAUCGAAAUGGCCCACGCCCUCUGUCUCACCGAGCGCCAAAUCAAGAUCUGGUUCCAGAAUCGGCGCAUGAAGCUGAAGAAGGAGAUACAGGCGAUCAAGGAGCUGAACGAACAGGAGCGACAGGCCCAGGCGGGCAAGGCUGCUGCGGCUGCUGCCUUUUUGGCCGUCUUUGCCACAGUGACAACUUCUAGCAAAACAGUGUUUUUGCCGUUUUCAUUGUACGCAGUACAAUUUGCCA